ACCGGUCUCAGAAACAAGCGUCUGCAUCCGCUCUCCUGCUGGCACUUGGAUGUGUGUCACCGAGUGUGCUGAGCACGUUAGGUGCUUUCUAAGGUGACUUGCAAAGUCUGCGUCUUGCUUUCCUGGUUUUUAAUAGUAAACACACGUGAGAGUUCUCGCCUGGAGAGAAGCACGCUUUCCCUGAGAGCAACCCUCUGGGGUGUGCUGCAGUGCCUGCAGUGACCGUCGGUGUGCCACGUGUGUCUGGGGACAGCCGUCGGUGCCAGUUGUCCGUGAUGGAUGCGCUUCUGGAAAGCAGCGAGCGAUCCUGAGAAUUCCCUCCUCUGUGUAGGGGUUGCAAGGUGUGGGACGGGCUGCUGCGGGAAUCGGCUCACGUCUCUGCAGCAUUUAAUGCAGCUGCGUGCUUCUCCAUCUCUGCUGUACCUGCAUUCUUAUUUCCCUCCCUGAGAAAAAGGAAGACAGGCCGCUAGGCAGCUCGCUGUCUUUUACGAUGCUUUUCUGCAGAAGAGAGUAGGGCCCUGCUCCUGGUCUGCUCAGUUCAUCUGUUGGCUCUUAGGACCUGCUCCUUGUGCGUUGUCGUAGGUGACGAGCAUUUUCCACGUCUUCCUGGAGCUUGCUUCCAGUAGCACUUGAAGGAGUUUUGCGUUGUUUUUUUUUUUUUUUAACUACCUGUUAAAACUGGGUGAGUGUUAGCUUUUAUUUUGGCCACCCUCUGCAUGUGCCUCUUACUUGCAUGUAUCCCUCGGGGCUUUCGAACAGUGCUUAUUGCACGCGGAUCCCAAAGGAGCGCUGCCGUGCCCCUGCAGAGCAUCCUCGCGUCCUUAAUGAAAAGGACUGGCCCCGGUCAUCGGGCAACAGGAAUGUGCAAAGCUUCCCUAAUAAAUUGUGAGAGUUUAAAGGAGUUUAAUGAAGUGACUUGGUUUUGAUGACUAGUUUUGCAGCACUGAUGACAGCUUUGAGUAAUGAAGGUGCAAACCAGAGCUCGUGCCCGUGUGACUGGUAGGUACUCAUAUGGCAGCCCCUUACCUUUCAGGGUUACUUGCCUGGUACCACAAGGAAUUCUUAUUUCAGCACUGGCAUUCACAUUUCAGAUUGUGUUAUCAGAGAGCGUCGUAUCUCGUUGAACCUGUUUGUGGAUGGCUUUACAACAUCAUUAAGGCGCGAAGCUUAUGUCAGGGGACCCAAAGUGGUAGUCCUUUGAUUUGAAGAUAACCAGAAGAUGUUAAAGUUUUGGGCUUCGCAUGCAAUGCGUAGCUUAACUCUUGCCAGGCUGGUUUUGCAUAUUGUAGUCAUUGGCAUACAAAUAGGCAAAAGGACCAGGAAAACCAGCUUCUGCCCAAACUGCUUGUUCAAGGCUCGCUCGAGUAGAUCAUGUUAAACUUCGAUGUUUUCUCUUAAUUGCUUUGCACCCACUUUAUAUAUAAUUUGGAGUAAAAUGUCUUCUGAAUAUUCUUAAUAACCUCGUAUAGUGAAUUUCUCAGAGCAAAGUAUAGGAUGAUACAGUCUGCAGUACAGAUUUACCGAGCAAUUACGAAGCUGUAGUGAUGGGUGUUAGGCUUUUUUAAUCUCUUCUUUUAGUUUAUCUGUAGUCUCUUCCAGUUUGACCUUCAAAAUAGCGUCUCUCCUGUAGGGAAAUCAAUCUAUUAGAAAAAUAAAGUAAAUGUGGCACUUUAAUAUGCAUGCACACACGACCCGUAAUAAAUCAAAUUAGCGUUUACCAAUCUGUAGCCUUAAAUAGGAGAAAAUAGAUGAGCUUUGUCAUUUAUCUUGUAAGCCACGAAACCUGUGCUGCUUGCGGUCAGGAGUGUGUUGUCAUCAUUAAAUCUCCAAUUUCCCAGUCCUGCUAAGAUGCCUUUACUCGCAGCUUUUUCCUGUUAUUUAUAAAGUGAUUUAUAUGCAGCCUGUCUUUAGGCGUAAAUGUGGCAAGACGGCCGGAGCGCGAUCCCAAGCCCAAAGCACCGUUCUGGGUGUCGGGGCCUCCUGCUCGGGCACAGCCUUUUGGCACUGGCAGUUGCAGAGAAACCCAGCGAGCUGAUUUCCAGAUGCCGUCAGUAGGCACGUAUGGCUGGGAUGGCUCUCUCUGCAUCCUUAAUUUCCAAUGAGCGAGUGGGAAGGGAGCCCUGCGUGGAAAACCGUUUUGUUUUUAUGUCCCACACGGCGAUCAUUGGGAAUGCGGAGGAAACAUCGGCGUGUGCUUUGUGUUUCAUCCGCGCUGCGGGACGAGGUGUGAGCAGAACACGGUGUUUGUGCUUCCUAAAAGGCUUUCUGGGAUGGGAAUUAGUCCUGAGCUCCUGAGGUCUGUCUGCCGUGGGAGUUGUGCACCCUUCCUCGGACGGCUCUGUGGCGGCUUUGAGAAAAGCUGUUAGCUAUAGUUGCUAGUGUGGAAGUGAAAUCUUUUCAGAACAUGAUGGGCACGGAGGAGGAAAUACAGAUUAUAAGCGCUGAACCUGAAGCAAACAGGAUGUUUUUGUCUUCUGGCAUUUCAGCGUGGUCGAAAGUAACUUUUUGCUGUUGCUUUUAGAAGAGAAAGGGACUUAAUCCUAGCUUUUUGGCUCAUGAAAGCCAAAUGCUGAUUAUCAUUGUGUGUUCAGAUGCAUGCGAAUUCAUGGUAAUCUCUGCUAAAUAAAAGGACCGAAUUUAAAAUUAGUGAUAGGAGCGUUAAGUUAUUCCUAGUGCAACUCCGAUGCAAAACACGUUGCUUUAUCCUUUUUAAAAUGCUCCUAAGGCUUUAAAAGAAUUUGUGGCUAUUAUUUAAAGUGACGUCCAUGAAUAUUUUGGUUUUUAGGUAGUAGAUCGCUGCUUGUAUGUAACUUCCAGGGAUAUGACAAACUUUCAUGCUCAGUAACAAUCCUUGUAGGGUGAGUCGUGAGGUCUGUAUCACAAGGAUAACGUGGCAUCGCUCCUCCUUGUCGUUCUCUCAAGUCUUUCACUGCACUUCUCUUGUGUUUGGAGAUGGGAAAGCAUGGAGGAAAUAAGGGAAUCAUUGUGCUGUAUGUUGUGCCGGGAAAGCUUUCUGGCGCUGCUGGCUGCUGUUGGGCUGGCAGGAUGCGAUACGUGGGGGCAGUUGAAAGCAAGUUUCCUAGGAUUCCCUCUUCUCCCCCCGUCCCCAGCUGAAAGGUUUAUAGAACUGCAUCCUCAAGGACAGAUUUCCCACGAAGACGUGAUAGAGAUGGAGACCUAAAGAGAGACUUGGAGGUACCUUGCUGGCGUGGCUGGAAACCUUGGAGAAACUGCCAGCAGCUUCGCUAUGAGCAAGCUGCUCUUACAGUCGGGACGGGCUGCUGCUGGGCGAGGUGAGGCAGCAGCAGGUCCGCUGGCCGUGUUACGGUACGGCCUCCUCUCUUUGUUGACAGGGAGUUGUGGAUGCACAUUUCAUCAAGAGAAGUAGGCAUUUAAAGACCGUAAUUAAUUCUGCUGCUGUUUUGAGCAGGAGCAUGGCAUCCUGUUCAGUUCGCCCAGAAAGCUGGGCCAGCUGCUGCUUUUGAACCAGGUAUUAGUUCAAUUUCUCCCUUUCUCUGCUUCCGUCAGCAGCAUGAACAGCCUGGAUCUUCUUGAAAUGAAGCCGCUGCUGCAUUGCCUCUGCAGGCAGAGCACUUGCUGAUAGCCCUGGCUGGAAGUCUGCACACAUCCCCAUCCCUGGGGUGUGCAUCUUUUGAGCUGUUGCAUCCUUCCCGAGGAGAAUGAGAUCAUCUAAAGCAGCUGGAUAUUUGCAAAAGAAGACUUCAGCAGCGUACAGAUACUUAAUCUCUCAAUCAGAUUCAACAAUGCAUUAGAGGAAGCUGGCCUGGCUGUACAGAGAUUUCACACUGAAGGAUGAAUAGUGAAGAAGAGUUUUAUGAUGCCGUUACGGGCUUUGAUUCUGACAAUUCUUCGGGGGACUUUUCAGAAGCAAAUCAUAAAGUCACAGAAAUGCUCGAUCUAGAUCCGCACCAAAGCAAUAGGACUGAAAAGCAUAACGGAGAGACAGAGAUUCAAGAAAAUGGAAUUAAGAGACACAGGACAUCAUUACCUGCCCCAAUGUUUUCUAGGAGUGAUUUUAGUGUGUGGAGCAUAUUAAAAAAAUGCAUUGGACUGGAAUUGUCUAAGAUUACAAUGCCCAUUGUGUUCAACGAGCCAUUGAGUUUCCUUCAGCGGAUAACAGAAUAUAUGGAACAUAUAUACCUCAUUAAUAAGGCUUGUAGUCAUGCAGACCCCUUGGAAAGAAUGCAGGCUGUAGCUGCUUUUGCAGUUUCUGCUGUAGCUUCUCAGUGGGAGAGAACUGGCAAACCAUUUAACCCGCUGUUAGGAGAAACCUAUGAAUUAACCAGGGAGGAUUUAGGAUUUAGGUUUAUAUCUGAGCAAGUCAGCCAUCACCCGCCUAUUAGUGCGUUUUAUUCUGAAGGCCUCAAUAAGGACUUUAUUUUUCAUGGAUCAAUCUACCCCAAACUAAAAUUCUGGGGAAAGAGUAUAGAAGCGGAGCCUCGGGGAACAAUUACUUUGGAACUUCUAAAACAUAACGAAGCCUACACAUGGACAAAUCCAACCUGUUGUGUACAUAAUGUAAUUAUUGGUAAACUGUGGCUAGAACAAUAUGGAACAGUAGAAAUUGUAAAUCACAGUACUGGAGAUAAAUGUGUCCUUAACUUUAAACCAUGUGGACUGUUUGGGAAAGAGCUUCACAGAGUAGAAGGAUACAUUCAGGACAAAAACAAAAAGAAGCUGUGUGUGAUCUAUGGCAAGUGGACAGAAUGCUUAUGGUGCACUGAUCCCACUACAUAUGAGACUUACAAAAAGAAUGAAAAGAGAGGUGGUGAGCAGAAGAAAUUGAAGCCGAGUGAAGAUGUUAUUAAAUCUGAAAAUGAUGAGGCUGAUGAUAUGCCAGAAGUUCAAGACACCGUGCAGUUUGUGCCAGGCAGUAAAUUGCUUUGGAGGAUAAAUUGUAGACCACCAAACUCAUCGCAGAUGUACAAUUUCACCAGUUUUGCCGUGAGUCUCAAUGAACUAGAAAAAGGCAUGGAAGCAAUAUUAGCUCCCACCGACUGUCGGCUACGUCCAGAUAUCAGAAAUAUGGAAGACGGAAACAUGGAUGUGGCUAGCAAAGAAAAAGAGAGACUAGAAGAGAAACAAAGAGCUGCUCGCAAGGAGCGUGCAAAAGACGAAGUGGAGUGGCAGACACGAUGGUUUCAUCAAGGCACUAACCCAUACACUGGGACUUCAGAUUGGCUGUACUCAGGUGGCUAUUUUGAUAGAAAUUUCUCAGACUGUCCAGACAUAUACUGAAAUUAUGGAACCAAUUGCUCAUCUCAUCUGGACAUCACUAGAUUUCAUUCUAAGCCAGUUAUUCUGGUUUUGUUAAUAGCAAAAACCAGCUUUUCUAAGUAAAUUUUAACAAAACAUCUAUCAGUCAACAAUCAAGGAUUUAAUUAUCACUAAUGUUGGAUUGCCAAAUAUUUAAAUACUGUUGCGUUCUUCCCGUAAAGCUGCACCUGAAAUCAUCAUGUUUUCACUAAUUUUUAAAGGGACCUUUGGUUCUUCAUUUUUUUUCCCCCUCUCAUUUUUGUCAGGAAGGUAUGCUGUAUCUGGUAGAGCUCAUAACAUCCUUGAAAACUGUGUAACUUUAAUAAAAUAGAGAUAAUAUCCUCUUUACUUAGUACAAUAGUGAAGAAUCUGAAGUCUUCUGAACUUGGAGCAGGGAUGAAACGUUAAUAUGGUACCAACGUGAUAAAAUCUAGUACUGUUCCCCAUGAAGAGAUGCAUGUGAAACUCUCAUACGGUAUGUAGCACUAUAUGGGGAUUGGAGCUUCUGGCCCCUCUCUCUCAAUAUGAUUUAAUAAUUCAAAGACUUGGAGAGACAAGAAACAACUUUAGCUUCUCAAACUGUAGUUGUCUGUUACAGAGUCUUCACAAUUUUUGGACACUGUGAGCAUUAAACUGUAUACCUGUGAUAAAAUUACAUAAAAAUAUAUGUUAAGAGAAGAGAAAGGUGCAUUAAAAAUUGUGUGCUUUUUCUGAAGUCAAAUGCUGUUCUUAAAAUAAGAGAAGCUUCAGAAGCAAUUGUAGGAAUGUAGAGGUGGUUACAAUGUAAAAUAUAUUGCUUGCUACCACUUGGAGGCUUAGAUCUUCCGCACUACUUUUGGCAGCUUUGGCACUGUGUACGCUUCUAGACUAAACUUUUAUUUGGAAGCACUUGGUAUAUAUAUCCACACAGGUUCAUAUUUCCAGGAUGUUUUUGUUUGCAUGUUUUUCUUUAUUAGGUCAUGUCUGUUUUGUACGUUGUGAAAAAGCAGAAUCAAUUUAAAGCUGUGGCAUAGUUGUACCUUUUACACGUUUUCUGUGAGCACGUGAUGGCAUAAAAGUGGGAUUUUUUUGUUCCAUAUCGAAACAUCGAAGCCACGUAAUAUUGGACAUAACUGAGCUACAGAUCAAUUACUGAACUGAUGCAUUCAUUUUCUUUCAAAGUGGUACAUUUCUUGGGGGGCGAGGGGGAGAGGGGGAAAGGAGGCUUGAAAAAUUAGGUCCAGUAAUUAAAACUAAUCCUAUGGUUGCUUGUUCUUUUAUGAAAGCUUCUAAUCGAGUAACUAGGCAAAAAUGGAAAGUGGCUACACUACUGUUAGAUUUACGGUAAAAUUCAGUAAUUGCUGGUGUUAAGCAUCAGCACCUUGAGGAAUUUGUGGAAGAAUCAAUCCAACUGAUGCCUAAACAUGUUUGUGGCUUCAUCCAAAGUGUAGAUUGUUCUUCUAUCCUAGCUACAGGAUUAGAAAGCAAAAGGAAAUGAACAUACAGAGAAACACUUUUGUCUCAAUGUAUGCAUCUAAUGAUUGGAUUAACCUUAAAUUUGGGGGAUUUCAUUGUCUUCCUCAUUGGAAAAAUGGGAGAAAUUGUAAAAUUCCCCAAAAUUGUAAGAUUCCCAAAAAGGGCCGAAUCUGAACGUGCUCAUGGCAACUUUAUUGUGUUGCCAGAAAUUGUGCUUUGAGCUGAUUGCAAGUUUUUCAAACACACGAGCUAGACAUGGUAAUAAGGCGUAGACAGUAAGUUUGUAUUUGCUCCUAAUAAAUGCAUAGACACUUUUAAAAAGACCUUGCUGAUCUGUAUGGGACAGCAUAAAAACACUUUCAUCCUUUUUAUAAAAAAUGGAUUUUAAUGACUGUUCCAAGCACUGUAAUCCUCCUUGCAGACUCUCUGCAGGCUGACUGGUGAACCAUUUAUAUUAGAUGAGGAUUGAAAAGAUUCACAGUUUAAGCCAGUUUAACAUCUUCUGGGAGUUUAAAACUUGCUUGAACUAAAUAAUAUGUUUAAAGUUUGAGUCAUGUUUCUAAAACAAUACAUAUAAAUAGAAUUAUCAGAAUGGAAAAAAAGUAGAGUAAUUGCUAAAGAAAUACUCUGGUUUUAAGAAGGAACGUGCAGGUUAGCAUCUCUCUCCUCUAGGUUAUAAUUCUAAUUCAAAGACCUAAACCCCUUUCAUUAUGCAAAAUCAGAGACAAUUGUAACAACGUUUAAUCAAAACUUCAGUAUAGAAUUUUCAUGGAAUUUAAAAAAUGAACUGGAAAGUUUUCUAAAAUAAGAACACUUCUUUAGUUAUGUCUUUACCCUUUUCUCCUCUUCCCUUAGUGUAAUGUUCAGUGAAAUUUCAGAUUGGUUCCAAGUCUGUUCUUUUAAUUUAUUGUUCUUCAUCGAAAACAUUAACAAAGUAUUUUCUCAUUGCUGCCAACAAAUUUAUGCCUGGCUAGCCAUGGGAUGCCUAAACCACGUUGUCAUUGCUCUGAAAGUGAAAAAGUUUUAUUUUAAAUGCAGAUCUCGCCUCAGUAGUUUACAUGUCAAAACUUUAAUAACUUUGCACCUUUUAAAAGAAUGUCACUUUUAUAACUUGAUUAAACACUGUAUAUAAGAUAAAUGUGUUAGUAUAUGUUAAUACAACUAUGUAGAGAAACCAUCUAGAAAGAGAUUAUAAUAAAUACUUAAUUCCCUUUGGGCCUCUA